CCCCAAUAAAGAAUUCCACUCGUCUCUUCGCAACAACAGCAGUUUUGCAUUUUUCUACAGACAUCACCAUCGGUGCUACCCUCUUCAACGCGACAUGGAAGCGCUAUCGCGCCCGAGCUUUGAGAGUGCCUACAUGCAAGUCUCUGAGAUGAACUUUGGUUUGAACAUGCUUCGGCAAACUCCUGUAAACAAAUCAAUGGUGGUAUCUCCAGUUUCGGUCAUCUUCGCACUUGCCAUGGUUCAGCUAGGUGCGAGAAAUCGUACAAAAUUGCAGAUCAAUGAGGUGAUCGCGAACGACGCUACCGAUAGCGCCAUAGUAGGCUUCUAUUCGGAUCUUUCCAAGAACAUUACCAACUCCCCUGGAGCACAGACAAGAAUCGCUAAUGGGUUCUUCUUGAACAAGACAUUUUCGAUAAAAAAGAACUAUGCGAGAAUGAUUGCUCAGAAGUAUGGCGCUACCAUCGAAGCAUACGACUUUAGGCAGGCAGCAAAUACUGCUAAGAUUAUCGACAACUUCGUAAGUCGAAAAACUGAUGGCAAAAUCGAAAAUUUCAUAAAAGGUGAUGCAGUAAAAGAUGCAGGCGCCCUUAUAGUAAAUGCAAUUUACUUUAAAGCUAAAUGGUAUCACAAGUUUAACAAGGAAUUCACAGAAGAAGCUAUGUUUCACCAUUCUGCAGGUGGUAAAGAAAAGGUAAAUUAUAUGAAAGAGUUUGACAAAAAGCGCAUGUAUGCUGAAAAUGAAGUCGUUCAAGUCCUAUCACUACCGUAUAAGGACACAUCUUACUCUUUCAAUAUAUUUUUGCCUAAGAAAAGAUUCGGCAUUGAUGAGCUCCGUACAAAGUUGGAUGGAGCUACGAUUCAAAAUCUGCUUUCACAACUAAAGUCCACACUUUUAACGAUAUCAAUUCCCAAAAUGAAACUUGAAAAGGACUACGAUUUAAAAAAGGCUCUGUUGGCUUUGGGUGUUUUCCAUCUCUUCGAUAACAAUUUGGCCGAUUUGUCAGGGAUUUCAAAAGACCACCUGUAUGCAUCCGACGCAAAGCAUGGAGCCUUUAUUGAGGUUGACGAGGAGGGUACAACUGCAGCUGCAGCAACUUACAUCGGAAAGUUUAGACAAAGGAGAUCGGUCCCCAGGAUCCCCCAAAAAUUCAUCGCAGAUCAUCCAUUCAUUUUCAUUCUCACCAAGGAUGAAAACGCUCUUUUCGUUGGGCAAUUUGUUUGAUUACCUUUUGUGCACCUAUCUUAUAUAUAAAGCUGAAUGUCUGCUUGUUUGUCUGUCUGUCUGUAUGUCUGUCU